AUGGCAAUUCCAAUGGCAAUGGCGACGCCAACAGAUUCCGUGAGUAGAAUCUGGAGCAUGUCUUCUCUCAAAUCAGCUCUCCCCUCCGCCGUAACUUGCCGAUUACCUUCCUCCUCUUCCUCUCGCCGUCCGGUCACUCUUCGCCUCCCCGUCUCUUCUCCUCUCCCAUCUUUCACCGGUCUCUCUCCGGUUAAUCCUCUCCUCUCAAUCGGACUUCCAGAUUGGCGUAGCUUCGAGGACGGGUUCAAAAUCAUCGACGGCGGGGGUCGAGUCUACGCCAUGAGGCACGGGAGGCGAGUCCCGAAGCUCAACAGACCACCGGACCAGCGGAAAGCUCUUCUCCGUGGACUCACGACGCAGCUGUUGAAACACGGCCGAAUCAAAACCACUCGAGCCAGAGCCAGCGCGAUGAGGAAGUUCGUCGAUAAGAUGAUCACUCUCGCUAAAGACGGCUCGCUGCAUAAACGUAGGCAAGCUCUCGGAUACAUCUACGAGAAACAGAUCGUUCACGCCUUGUUCGCAGAGGUUCCGGAUCGAUACGGCGAGAGAAAUGGUGGUUACACAAGGAUCAUCAGAACUCUUCCAAGGCGUGGAGACAAUGCUCCUAUGGCCUACAUUGAGCUUGUUUAA